AUGGCCUACUAUCUGCCCGGUGUGAACAUCCACUCCUUCCAAGAAGGAGAUGAAAUCAAAUUAAAAGUCAACAAGAUGACUUCUACCCAGACUCAAUUCCCCCUUGACUACUACAAGUUCCCCUUUUGUCAGCCCACAGAUGGAGUCAAGGUGGAUCAUGAAAAUUUGGGAGAGUUCUUGGAGGGAGAUCGCAUCGAGUCGUCGCCGUAUUUACUCAGAAUGAAAAAACACAUGUACUGCGAACAAGUAUGUGUGGCCAAUCUCGGUCGCGGGGAACAGCCACACUUGAACUCCAACAAGGUGGUCAAGGUCAUUCGAAAGAAUUAUCAUAACAACUGGAUUGUCGAUAAUCUGUCGGCCGCCUCCAAAAUUGAAAAUGACGAACUGGUUACCACUCGCUACUGGCAGGGAUUCCCCGUUGGAUUUAUUGCCGAGGAUAACAAAAAAGCAUACGUUCACAAUCACGUCAAUAUCGAACUCUUUUAUCACAAGGCGGCGGAUUUGCCCACUGGGGAUAAUGCCAUUCCCGAAUACCGCAUUGUCAGAUUCAUGGUGGAACCCUUUUCCAUUAAACACGACCACGACGCCACUGAGGAGGAAUCGCCCACCGAUUCCACCGAGCAUUUUUUGCCCACGGUCGCCAAAAUCACCAACCCCAUUGCGUCUUGUAACCCGGCCACUCCGUACAACGAUCGGCCUCAUACCAGCUACAACAUGGUGGUGGAAAGUGGACGGGAGCCUCAACCGGCUUCUGGAAAGGCGCUCUUUACCUACGAUGUCAUCUGGACCGAAGAUUCCAACACUACCUGGGCGUCUCGUUGGGAUGUCUACUUGAACAUGAAUGGUGCCGUGCCGGCCAAAGUCCACUGGGUGUCCAUUUUCAAUUCCAUGGUGAUUGUCUUUGUGCUCAGUGCCAUGAUUGCCGCUAUUUUGGUGCGCAAUCUCCGUCGUGAUUUUGCGCGCUACAACAAGUUGGCCACGGACGAAGAAAAGGCAGAAGAUCUGGAAGAAUUUGGCUGGAAGCUGGUGCAUGCCGACGUCUUUCGUCCUCCAUCGACCUAUCCCAUGCUCUUGGCGGUUGGAUGCGGUACCGGUGCUCAAAUCUUACUCAUGGUCUUUUUCACUGUCGUUUUUGCCUCUUUGGGGUUCCUCAAUCCGGCUCGACGAGGAACAUUGCUCAUGGCAGAACUCUUCCUCUUUGUCAUGAUGGGUGGAGUUAAUGGAUAUGUCACGGCACGUCUCUACAAGACAUUCAAAGGAAAAGCCUGGCAACGAGCUACUACCAUGACUGCGGUUCUCUUUCCGGGAAUUUCCUUUGUUUUCUUUAUUGGUUUGAACAUUUUGGCAUGGUCCCAGGAGAGUACUGAUCGAGUCCCCUUUACGACCCUUUUGGUGCUCAUUAUUCUUUGGUUUGGGAUCAGUACGCCCUUGGUCUUUGUGGGAGCCUACUUUGGGUACAAGCAGGAAGCCAUUGAGUUUCCGGUCAACACCUCGUCCAUUCCUCGUCAGAUCCCCGAUCAGCCCUGGUUUAUGGGACUCCCUUUCACUCUCUUUGUGGGAGGCAUUCUACCCUUUGGAUCCUGCUUUGUGGAGCUCUACUACAUUCUUGCAUCGGUGUGGCAAGAGUAUUACUACUACGUCUUUGGAUUCCUUCUCGCGGUCCUUUUCAUUCUGGUGGUGACCUGCGCUGAGAUUACCGUCCUUUUCACCUACUUCCAGUUGUGUUCGGAGAAUUAUCAUUGGUGGUGGAGAGCCUUUGGCAAUGCUGGAUCAACCGCAAUUUGGGUGUUCUUGUACUCACUGGUCUAUUUCCAACAACUCGAGGCAAAUACCAUGGCCACUUACUUUUUGUAUUUUGGAUACACCAGUUUGGUCUGUUUGGGAAUGUUCUGUAUGAUGGGCUUUGUGGGUGUUGGUUGUUCCCUCUGGUUCAACCAGAUCAUCUUUGCUUCCAUCAAGAUUGAUUAG